AUGACCGGCUGGACAACAAAGAAACGAAACAACUUUCUUAAAGCUUACAUCGAAUCUUACGCUAAAACGUCAGCAAAUUCACCAGAACGAGUAUCAUGGAGAAAGGACCUAUACGAAGCAUGGGAGGAACAGUUUGGAAAUUUGACUCCAAAAGACAAGCAUAUGAUCAGCAGCUAUUUCAAUAACCACUCAAAAGGGAGUAGCAAACGGGCCAGACCGUCAUCCAGCAAUAUUCGGUCGCAAUCCGACGAUGAAGAUGAAGCCGACGAAACAGAUGAGUUGGAAGCCGAUAACGUCGAGUUUGAUAAGGGCAGUGGACAGGAAAUAACAGAACCAUCUACAAGUACGGCAGUGAGUGGCGUACCGACGCCGCCAUCUCCGAGUUCUGCACCGGCUACGGGACCUACAUCCGCUGGCCAACUCGCAAUUGCAAGGGACGAGAUUCCUGAAUCAGCGUCAACGUCUGGUGGGUUGCGAGAUAGUUGCCAGUCGGACGGACAAAACCUCAGUGCUUGCUUGCGCGAUGUGGAUACCGGCGGCGGACACUUCGCGCCUGUAGUUUAUCCGACAGAAUUGCCUCGGCUACGUCGCUAUUUGGGAGUAGAGAACAUAGUGAUAGAUGCUGAACUACCAGGGCUCUGUCCAGCUGACGUCCGGGUACGAUACGAAGAUGGGAUCUUGCGUUUGUUUGCUGGGAAAGAUGAUAAAGACGGACUACCCGAUCUGCGUCGUACAUAUGACGGAGCGCUUCGAGUGGGGUCGCAAAACACCGACCGUAUCAUCUGUGGUAUGGCGGAUGGCAUUUUGAGAUUGAUCCUCGCGCGAAAUAAGGUCACUGAAGCAGCGAACACGCCUGAAGGAGAGAGUAUCAAGAUAAAUGACGGACUUCCCACCGAAUUUGCCUGA